AAAAAAAAAAGACGCAACCAAACGAAACAGGCUUUGACUUGAAGAACCAAUUUCUUCGCAUCACACAAAACUUGUGUGAUGGAAGUGAAGCUAAGCCAAAGACGAGACCUUCUUCCUCUUCCGAAACUCCUUCCAAAACCAUUCUUCCCUUCUCAUAGCUUUUCUAUCAUUUACAGUAAGAGUUCCAUUCACAAGCACUUUAGAGGCCUUGCUCAGAAAUGGAGGUUUCGGAUUCAGGAGAUGUUGAAGGUUGAACACCCCACCAACUCCAAGCACUACUUCGUUCAUGUUGUCAAAGAGGGUGAAACUUUGUCUUCAAUUUCAAAGCAGUAUGGGAUUUCAAUAUAUGCAAUUGCCGCUGCUAAUAAGACUAUACUGGACAUUGACCUUGUCUUUGAGGGGCAGCACAUUAACAUUCCUUCUGCUACAGGAGAUACUCAAGUGGCCUUUAAAUUGCUGCAAAAUCAUCUAGGUUCUUUGAAUAUCUUGGAUGGGCUUCUAGAGCACAAGAGUUUCAUUGCGCUAUCCUCCCACUCUUUCCCACAUGUUAAAACAACUGGUUAUUUUCUAGUUCUGGUUCCACUUUUAGCAUUUUGCAUUAGAUGCAUAAUUGCUGCCUUUUACACUAGAGCUGCUGGAGAGUUGAGAUCUCAAGUUGCGAGUGAAUCAGAGGGACACCAUCCUGGGCGUAGAAGCAUGCGGUGGAAAUCUGCCCUGAGUGACAUAAGAGAAACAGAUGAUUUGGAUGCUGAGUCAAGUCCACAUUCCUAUAGCCAUUCAGAUGAUCAAUCUAAAGCUUCUUUCGAAGAGGUGUCACAUGCUGACAGCAAGCUUGAACAGGAUUACCAGAAAUUUCUAUCAGAAUGUGGAAUGAGUGAAUGGGGUUAAUGGCGUGGAGGUUCUCCCGAAUAAACCAUUCUGGCGCAUUAAUUUCACUGCCAUUACAAAUAUGGACUUCCUCAUCCAUUAAUCUUCUAUGAUGAGCCAAGCUAUGGAAUCCCAAAUAGAGCAGUAGCAUGAACCUCUUGUUUGUGUUUUUUCUUCUUUUCUUUUUCUUUUUCUUUUUCUUUUUCAUAGAUAUUCUUUUCUUUUUCAAUUGUGCAGGUUUUAGAUAUAAUGUAAAUUAUAUUGCUAGGAUAUUGGAUAAGAUUUCAAAUU